AUGGAAGGCUCCAAUGGCUUUGGGAUCGACUCCAUCCUCUCCCACCGUGCGGGCAGCCCCGCCCUUCCCAAGGGGGACCCCCUGCUUGGGGACUGCCGCUCGCCCCUGGAGCUGAGUCCUCGCUCGGAGAGCAGCAGCGACUGCUCCUCACCAGCCUCACCAGCAAGGGACUGUCUGGAGACGGGCGCCCCGCGGCCUGGCCCUGGCGGGGCACCGGGCCCAGGCUUGGACUCCCACCUGCAGCCGGGGCAGCUCUCGGCCCCAGCCCAGUCGCGUACAGUGACCUCCUCCUUUUUGAUCAGGGACAUCCUUGCCGACUGCAAACCCCUGGCGGCCUGUGCGCCCUAUUCUAGCAGCGGGCCGCCCGCCGCCCCUGAGCCAGGGGGCCGCCUCGCACCCAAGGCGGGGGAGGACUUUAGGGACAAGCUGGACAAAGGUGGCAGCAACGCCUCUUCAGACUCCGAGUAUAAAGUGAAGGAGGAGGGCGACCGGGAGAUCUCCAGCUCGCGGGACAGCCCCCCGGUGCGCCUGAAAAAGCCGCGCAAGGCGCGCACCGCCUUCACCGACCAUCAGCUGGCGCAGCUGGAGCGCAGCUUCGAGCGGCAGAAGUACCUGAGCGUGCAGGACCGCAUGGAGCUCGCCGCCUCGCUCAACCUCACCGACACGCAGGUCAAGACCUGGUACCAGAACCGCAGGACUAAGUGGAAGCGACAGACGGCCGUGGGGCUGGAGCUGCUGGCGGAGGCGGGCAAUUACUCGGCGCUGCAGCGGAUGUUCCCGUCGCCUUAUUUCUACCCGCAGAGUCUCGUCUCCAACCUGGACCCCGGCGCCGCGCUGUACCUGUACCGCGGGCCGAGCGCGCCGCCGCCCGCCCUGCAGCGGCCUCUGGUGCCCCGCAUCCUCCUGCACGGACUCCAGGGCGCCGGCGAGCCCCCGCCGCUGCCCCCGCUGGCCGGCGUGCUGCCCCGCGCCGCGCAGCCCCGAUGA